AUGUCUCCUAGUCCGUGCUGGCCACGUACCACCGUCACCCGUCACCAGGUCACCGUCACAGGCCACCAUCACCCGUCUGCAGGUCACCGUCACCAGGCCACCGUCACCCGUCACGGUCACCGUCGCAGGCCACCGUCUCACCCGUCACCAGGUCGCCGUCACCCGUCACCAGGUCACCGUCACCCGUCACCAGGCCACCGUCAACAGGUCACCGUCACCCUUCACCAGAUCACCGUCACAAGGUCACCUUCUACCGUCGCAGGUCACCGUCACCCGUCACAGGCCACCGUCAACGGGUCACCGUCACCCUUCACCCAGGUCACCGUCACAAGGCCACCUUCACCCGUCACUGAGCCGUCACCCGUCAGGUCACCGUCACCCGUCACCAGGUCAGCGUCACCGUCACCAGGCCGUCAGCCUUCACCAGGUGCCCUUCACCCGUCACCAGGCCACCGUCACCCGCCACCAGGCCACCGUCACCAGGUUACCGUCACCCGUCACCAGGCCGCCGUCAACCUUCACCAGGUCACCGUCACCCGUCACCAGGCCACCGUCACCCGCCACCAGGCACCGUUACCCGUCACCAGGCCACCGUCACCAGGUCACCGUCACCGUCAGGGUCACCUUCACCGUCACCAGGCCACCGUCUACCCGUCACCGGCCACCGUCACCAGGUCACCGUCACCCAUCACCAGGUCACCGUCAUCAGGCCGCCGUCACCGUCACCAGGCCACCGUCACCAGGUCACCGUCACCAGGUCGUCACCCAUCACCAGGUCACCGUCAUCAGGCCGCCCGUCACCGUCGUCAGGGUCACCUUCACCCGUCACCAAGUCAUCGUCACCCGUCACCAGGCCACCGUCACCGAAUCACCGUCAAAGGUCACCUUCACCCGUCACCAGGCCAUCACCCGUCACCAGGCCACCGUCACCAGGUCACGGUUACCCGUCCAGGUCACCGUCACCAAGGUCACCUUCACCCGUCAUGCCAGGCCACCGUCACCCGUCACAGGUCACCGUCACCAGGUCACCGUCACCCGUCACCGGGCCGCACCGUCACCGUCACCGUCACCAGGUCACCGUCACAAGGUCACCUUCACCCGUCACCGAGCCAGCCGUCACCAGGUCACCGUCGCAGGCCACCGUCACCCGUCACCAGCCGUCACCGGGUCACCUUCACCCGUCACCGAGUCAUCGUCACCCGUCACCAGGCCACCGUCACCAGAUCACCGUCACCCGUCACCAGGUCACCGUCACCCGUCACAGGCCACCGUCACCCGUCACCAGGCCACCGUCACCAGGUCACCUUCACCGUCACCAAGUCAUCGUCACCGUCACCAGGUCACCGUCACCCGUCACCAGGUCACCGUCACCCGUCACAAGGUCACCUUCACCCGUCACCAGGCCACCGUCACGGGUCACUGUCACCCGUCAUAAGUCCACGUCAUCCGUCACCAGGUCACCGUCACACCGUCACCAGGUCACCGUCACACCAUCAUUUGGCCAAAUUAAAGUAA